CUCCAGCAAAGUUCGGAUACAGAGUCUUUCAACUUCUCUAGACACUUUAGGAACAGAGGACAGAGCCACAUUUUGGUCUUCUUCUAGUUUGUUUCUUCCCCUCCCUCUGCAUUCCAAUAUUUCUCCUUUUGCCAUCUUUCUUUUUUCUUUUCUUUUUGAGGGGGCUAAUGUUUCAGAUGGGUUCUUAUCCAAGAACCUUGCUUCUUGUGUCCUUCUUCCACUUCAGCCAUCCUUGGUCAGUGAAUAAUUUCCUGAUGACUGGUCCCAAGGCAUAUCUUAUCUACUCCAGCAGUGUUGCAGCUGGGGCACAGAGUGGGAUUGAGGAAUGCAAAUUCCAGUUUGCUUGGGAUCGUUGGAACUGUCCAGAGAGAGCUUUGCAACUGUCUAGCCAUGGAGGCCUGCGCAGUGCAAACCGAGAAACAGCCUUUGUCCAUGCUAUCAGCUCUGCUGGAGUCAUGUACACACUAACACGCAACUGCAGCCUUGGGGACUUUGACAACUGUGGCUGUGAUGAUUCCCGUAAUGGACAACUUGGAGGACAAGGAUGGCUGUGGGGAGGCUGCAGUGAUAAUGUGGGCUUUGGGGAAGCCAUUUCCAAACAAUUUGUGGACGCACUUGAGACAGGGCAGGAUGCCAGGGCAGCAAUGAACCUGCAUAACAACGAGGCUGGCAGAAAGGCAGUGAAAGGGACCAUGAAGAGGACCUGCAAGUGCCAUGGAGUAUCUGGCAGCUGCACCACCCAGACCUGCUGGCUGCAACUACCUGAGUUUCGAGAAGUAGGGACAUACCUGAAGGAGAAAUACCACAAAGGACUGAAAGUUGACCUGCUGCAAGGGGCAGGCAAUAGUGCUGCUAGUCGUGGGGCAAUUGCAGAAACCUUCAGCUCCAUCUCCAAGAAGGAAUUAGUCCACUUGGAAGACUCACCAGAUUACUGCCUGGAAAACAAGACUCUGGGCCUGCUGGGGACUGAGGGCAGGGAAUGCCUGAAGCGGGGCAAGGCCCUCAGCAAAUGGGAGAAACGUAGUUGCCAGCGCUUAUGUGGGGACUGUGGGCUAGCUGUGGAGGAACAACGAGCUGAAAUGGUGUCCAGCUGCAACUGCAAAUUCCACUGGUGUUGUGCUGUUCGUUGUGAGCAGUGUCGCAAGCGGGUCACCAAAUAUUACUGUGUCCACAAGGAGAAGCGGGAGCGCAACGGGGGCAGCUCAGCCUCCCGCAAACUCAAAAGGAAGCAGCCCUGAAACAAUUGUGCCAACCACUAACAACUUCCUGUUGCAUCACCAGCUCUUAUAUAUUUCUCUACUUUUACUUUACUUUCCACUGACAGAUCCACUUUAAAUUUCUUGCAGGAUAGAAACUUGGAGAAAUUUCAGCUAAGAUGAUGCUAUCCCUAAAUCCCUUCACCAGGGGUUCCCAACCUUUUUGACUCUUGGAGCCCUAAGGACUCGAAGAGCACAGGUUGGAAACAGCUGCCCUAGACUGUUGUGGAUUUCAUUUGAAUCCCAAGACAUUCUUUUCCCAAGCAAGAAAGCACACUGUUCUUUCAGCUUGGACCUCAAGAAGCCAGACUACACUCAUCAGAAAGUAUGAAACAUUCCAUCCAUUUUAGGGGCUCUCCCAAACCUUGCAGGUUUGGGGUUUGUUUAUCUAACCAGCAAGCCCCAAGGUUCAGAAGGACCAGUUCCCUGUUUACAGCCCUUGUUAACACAGGGAGGCAUGUUUUAGGUAUGUGCAACUGUUCAUGCUUCCUCAAGAACAACGUUUUUAAUGUGGGGCUGCCAUUUGCCAUGAAGUCUUUGUGUGGUUGCAUGUCUGAGUUGAGAACCAUACUUCUAUUCAGAGAACUAAUGCAAAGAAGAGCCCCACAUUCAUACUUUUAAAUAUUUUCCCUCCCUCUCUGCUCUUUCAUAAUCUGGUUUACUCUUUUACUAUGAAAGCAGGUAAUAGACUGAAGUAAAUUAUUCAACACAGGAAACUUUUUUGGGUUAAAAAAAAUAGAAACAAAGAUAGUUGCACUAGCCUAAAGGAGAAAAAUAUGUUGAAUACACAGUCUUGGGUAUGGCAGGGUCACAUUUUUAGACUACACAGCUGCAUGUCCCCAUGUAGACUUACAUACAAGGAUGCCUCUAGAGUAAUUUGAGCUGCCCUUUUGAAUUCCAUCAACUGGAUCAAUUGAUUCAACAAGAAGCUGCAUGCUGGGCCUGUCAAUCUUUCCUUCCCAUGUAUUCAUGCUCAUCCAGCACCAUUGCUUCUUUAUGAUCUUUGCUCAUGAAGACCAUCCUGUCAUUUUAGGAGGUAAGCAUGAACCUGUUGUUUAGACCUGAAUGGCAUCAUCUCACAGAACUCAUUGGCAAAUGGUGAAUCAACAUGUAGGUGUAUUUAAUUGAUGUUGAUGGGUCUACUUUAAGAUUCAGGCCAAAGUGUGAAUAUCUGUAAACAAGGAUUUGCCUGCUGAGUUCCAGAGAGGCAAAAUUGAGAAUUUACUGAGAGGACUUAGCAGCCAAUGCCACCCGUUGGUUUGGUUGCAAGAAGGAAGGGAAAGCUAGGCUGGCUAGAGACAGUCCUAAAACUGGGAAACAGCUCUCUGCUUGCUGUAAUGGACCAACUUCCAAAUGAUGGUACUGUUAUGUCCAGAAUGAAUAUUCUCAAAACUUAUCAAAUAUUCAAACACAAGGUGAUUUAUUAGGUUGCACAGAGAAGCUGUGGCAGAAGAAGAACCAUGAAUUUUCCCCCUCCUUGCUAUUUCAUUUUUUACUCAUUUGAACCAGGAAAAUGAUGAGCUCCUUUUGCCAUAUUUAUAAGAAAAACAACAAGGCUUCUCCAUCAUUUGGACCUUCAUUUCCUGGCUGUGCAUCUGCUCUUCAGCUAUACUUACCCAUUCCCAUUUACAAAGAGGUAUGGUUGUGCUGUCAUAACAACUGCAAUAGAACAAUGAGAUUUUUUUUUUUUUUUGCCAGCAUUACAUGGAGACUAGCAAAUUUGUACCUCCAAGUAAAACAUCUUUUUAUCAAAAGAAAAGCAUUGUACAUUGACAGAAUGUAGAAGAUGACAACCAGAUGAAGGCCAAGCAUUUCUCAGAGGGGAAGGAAUUGGCUGAGUGGAACAUUUCUAUAUUUCUGAAAGAUAUAAUCCUGUGAGAAGGAAAGAUGUGAUCUAGGUUCUUAACUAAUAUUUGAAUAUUUGAAAUGUAUUAUUAACUGUAAAAGGUCCUGGGACUUUUUUCUUCGGCAGUUCAUCUCUUUCCAGCUGGAUUCUGUUAGCCUGUAGAGGAAUCCUCUGAGUCUUUGAUCAUCUCUGUACCUCUCAGCUAUGCAGUGCA